AUGUCUUCCAGUGACCUCAAACAUCGACUCACACCCCUUCCAGACACCUCCAUCAACGAUAAGCGGGGCAUUGGAGGGAAACGCGACAAACGAAAGGUGAUGGCCAAACGCGGCCUAAGGUCGCUGGCCAUAGCUGUUACCUUCCCCCUCUCUCUCACCGUCUUAUCGGCAUGCAUAGGCUCCUCCACUGCCCGUGAUGAUUCUCUGACUUCCAGAAGGCCUUUCUGGUUCCCACCCUCGUGGGCCCUGCACUUCGCCUCCCCCGCUACAAGCUUCUUGAUGGGUCUGGCCGCGUGGAUGGUGUGGGCAGAUGGAGGUUUCCACAGAAACCCCAUUGCGCUGUUGCUUUACUUCGCUCAGCUACUUUUCGCCGUGCUCUGGGAUCCCCUUGUGUUCGCUGCUGGGGCUACACGGCUCGGCUUGAUGCUGUGUUUAGGGUUGUUUGUGAGCCAGUUCGGGUGCAUGCGUGCGUUUCGCUCCGUCAAUCCCAUCGCUGCUGAUUUGAUAAAGCCUUGUUUGGCAUGGGUUGCAUUUCUGUCUGUUGUAAAUCUUAAGCUCCUUUUUGUCUGA